AUACCGAAUAAUCUAUGGAUAAAAUAUGAUUUGGAUUUGGAAAGACUUGUUUGUUAUCAUGGGUGGUAUUUGAAGGAAGAUAAAAUAUUGCUCGGGGCGGCGAUUGUAAAAACGCAUUGAACUGUGUACUAGGACUUUAUAACAUAGACUUAAAUCUAUUCAAAUGUCCUAUGAAGGAGAGGAGGACGAGCAGUUCGACGUGGGCUCGUUCCCCAAGGACUUCGGCUACGGGCCGUUCGACCCCGACGUGGACGGCGUGGCGGGCCCCGUGCCGGGCGAGCAGAAGCCGCGCAUCCUGCUGAUGGGACUGCGCAGGAGCGGCAAGUCGUCCAUCCAGAAGGUGGUGUUCCACAAGAUGUCCCCCAACGAGACCCUGUUCCUGGAGAGCACCAACAAGAUCAUCAAGGACGACAUCUCCAACUCCAGCUUCGUGCAGUUCCAGAUCUGGGACUUCCCCGGCCAGAUCGACUUCUUCGAGCCCACCUUCGACUCGGACAUGAUUUUCGGGGGCUGCGGGGCGCUCGUCUUCGUCAUCGACGCCCAGGACGACUACAUGGAGGCGCUCAGCAAGCUGCACCUGACGGUCACCAAGGCCUUCAAGGUCAACCAGAACAUCAAGUUCGAGGUGUUCAUCCACAAGGCGGACGGCCUGUCGGACGACCACAAGAUGGAGACGCAGCGGGACAUCCACCAGCGGGCCAACGAGAACCUGGGCGACUCAGGUUACGAUCAAAUCCACCUCAGCUUCCACCUGACGUCGAUUUACGACCACAGCAUCUUCGAAGCGUUUAGCAAAGUGGUGCAGAAGCUGAUACCACAACUUCCCACCCUCGAGAACUUGCUGAACAUUCUCAUCUCGAACUCCGCCAUAGAGAAGGCGUUCCUGUUUGACGUGGUGUCGAAGAUCUACAUUGCCACGGACUCCUCGCCCGUCGACAUGCAGAGUUACGAGCUCUGCUGCGACAUGAUUGACGUCGUCAUUGACAUGUCCUGCAUCUACGGACUUCUCGAGGACGCAGACGGGACGGCGUUCGACAACCAGAGCUCCAGCCUCAUCAAGCUGAACAACGGGACGAUCCUGUACCUGCGUGAGGUCAACAAGUUCCUGGCGCUCGUCUGUAUCCUGCGGGAGGACAACUUCGAAAGGCAAGGUGUGAUCGACUACAACUUCCUGUGCUUCCGGGACGCCAUCCAGCAGGUGUUUGAGACCCGCAGCAAGGCGCAGGCGUUCCUGUCGCAGCCCAACCACCGCCUGAACCACGGGGGCAGCAUGCUGGGGCUGGAGCCCUCGCCCCAGGCGGACGUGGGCAGCGCCCAGAGCUAGAGCUCGCUCGGCGUCGGCCCGUCUCCGGUCCCCGCGGGUCGGUCCCGCUCCGAGCCAAGAUCCGAAUACAGCGGUCUCAUUUUAUUGGUUCGCAGUAGAUUCCACCGUUUCCUACUGCAGUACUUCAUCACACACUCUGGUUUCUCUUUAGGCACCAGGUAUUUGACUAUUUUUUUUUUAAUCUCCUACAUUGUUCUGAGAGCUCAUUUCCACCUGCUGUGAUGAGAACCGGCUCUGUUCUCUUGGUCAGAGCCGUUGUUUUCGUCCCGUUUUCCAAGUGGUCACUUCCCCUCCUCGCUCCGGUGUACAUUUCUCGGAUCUUACCAGUGUCACUUCUUGCUUCGUCCUGCAUCACUAGUGUUGGUGUCAGUAGCGUAGUUGUAGUUCCUCGGAGGGAACUGGAACACAUCUGCUGUGAGGGGCCCAAUAUAUCAUUAAGUGUUUACUGAUUAAUACCAUAUUUACCGUAGAAGGAUCGCCCUGCACAUGGGUUGCAUCUAAAAUUUUGGGCCAAAAAAUCUAACAUUUUCACCGUAAGGGUUCCUUGAUUAUUUGUGGCACCAUAAAUCUGUCUCCAGUAAAAUACAUGCUAAGUCUUUAUGGCCCGUGUCUUAGCUCAUGGCCGCCUGUGAAACACAGCACGGGGUCUUAGUCUCUUCCCAAUUAAUCUCUUAUGGCCCAAGAAUACUAUGCCCUCUUCCCAUCUCCUUUCCCAAGUGAGAAAAGACGGCAUGAUCCUAAAUUUUUUUGUCAGUUCCGCCUAUACGAAAAAGAACACUCUUUUCAGCAGCUUUGUCAUGGAAUUUUGCAGUAGAAAGUCUGGGUAAUCUUUGGAUGUUUGGAUACAGUUGCAUCACUGAAACCUGUUGAGAUAGACUUGAUUGUGUACGGUGCUGUUUCAUGGGCUUUUGGGAGGAUCACUGCUGCAUGGCUACAUGUGCGCGCACACACACACACACACACACACACACACACACACACACACACAGACACACACAGACGCACACGCAGACGCACACGCAGACGCACACGCAGACGCACACGCAGACGCACACGCAGACGCACACGCAGACGCACACGCAGACGCACACGCAGACGCAGACGCACACGCAGACGCACACGCAGACGCACACGCAGACGCACACGCAGACGCAGACGCACACGCAGACGCACACGCAGACGCACACGCAGACGCACACGCAGACGCAGACGCACACGCAGACGCAGACGCACACGCAGACGCACACGCAGACGCAGACGCACACGCAGACGCAGACGCACACGCAGACGCACACGCAGACGCACACGCAGACGCACACGCAGACGCACACGCAGACGCACACGCAGACGCACACGCAGACGCAGACGCAGACGCAGACGCACACGCAGACGCAGACGCAGACGCGCAGACGCACGCAGAGACACGCAGAGAGACGCAGAGACACGCAGAGACACGCAGACACACACAGACACACACAGACAACACACAGACACACACAGACACACACAGACACACACAGGCACACACAGGCACACACAGGCACACACAGGCACACACAGGCACACACAGGCACACACAGGCACACACAGACACACACAGACACACACAGACACACACAGACACACACAGACACACACAGACACACACACACAGACACACACAGACACACACAGACACACACAGACACACACGGCCGGAUUUAGAGGUCUGGAGGCCUCGGAGCAACAGAGGAGCGGAGGCCCCCUGGCCCCAAAAUAUUUUCCAAAUAAAAUGAACAAUUUUUUUCAGUCAAGUUUUCCAAUAAAUAAUUUAUUGUGAAAUCAAGUAGAUUCUCUUAGUAUUUAAAAAAACAUACAUAAAUAUAAUUGGAGACGAGAAUUAUAUUAAAUUAAAUUUUAGUGUUAAUGAACGGAACCUUCCGAGGUUUUUUUCGUCGAAAAAUCGUUGAUGAUUUCGCUGAAAUCCAAUUCCCGGAGUAAAUCACUUUUAAUGCUCAGGAGAGAAAGCUUCGAUAAACGGUUUUGUCCCAUUGUGGUUCGGAGCCUAUUUUUUAUAAUUUUCAUUUUUGAAAAUGAGCGCUCUCCAGUGCAAUUUGAAACCAUCAAAACCAAAUACAUUCUCAAUGCAAUUUCAAGGUUUGGAAAUGUAGCUCUGAAAUUUUGAUUGCGAGAAUUUGGUAGUAAAAUAGUUCCGGAGAUUGGUCUUUUCCAUAGUCCAGGGCUGCCACCACUUUGAAAACAAUAUCCUUGAUUGAAAUGUGAAAUAUCCUGUAAUAUCCUUGUUUUCAAUACAAAAUAUCCUGUAAAAUCCUGUACAUUAAAAAAUACAAAAAAAUAUGCAAUUUUCAUGAAAAUUACUCGAUCAUAAUGUACGUGAAUUCUGCCAUAUUCUUCCUAGAAGAGAUAUACAACAAAGCAUUUAGCAUUGGCAAUUCAAGAUAUGACCUGUGCCCUGUCUUGAUAAGGUUGAGCUUACUAAAUAUCUUUUCCACCCCUGCAUUGCUGUGUGGAAGGAUAAGUAUUGCUUGCCUUUGCAAGUUUACAAAGCAGUGGAAAACAUGUUUUCCCAUUAAUUUCAUACUGUGACACUUAAUGCCAGGCCUGCCACCAAAUUAGGUUCCUAAACCCUCUUUACAGCAUUUAAAAAUCCUGUAAAAUUUAUAGCCGUAAUUGACAUAAUUUAUUUUUCGCAGUAAUUUUAAAUAUACAUUGCAUUCCAAAACAUAAUUUAAAAAAAAAAUCAAAUGAAUGUAAAAAAUGUUUAAGAUUUGCCACUUACAUUACAAAACUAAUAGUUGGUAUCACAAUAAAAUGAAAAGUAAUUUAAAAAUUUCUCUUCAGUAUAGGCUUUGGUGCUUUUAUUUACAAACUAUAAAUACAUCCAUACAACUGAAGUUAUUUACAACUUUAAAAAAACAAAUGUAUUUCACAUCAUUAACUAGCUACUUUUUCAUGUCUGUGCUCUUUUCCGCAUCUCGUCAGUGGACUUGAAAGCCAGACCUGCAGAUGUUCUCAUUGUGCAAUCCAACAGCGCAUUUAACAUUGGUGAUUCCAUUGACGAUCUGUGAACAGUUUUAACCAUCUUGAGAUUGCUGAAAACCUUUUCCACAGCAGAUUUUCUCCAGUUGCAGCACCACUCAAAACCAUUACUUUGUACAGAUGAGUUUCAACAAUCUCAGAUGGAAAGAAUCUUCCUAACACUACAACCUGCCUAGUGACUGUCAGUUGAUUCAUCAAUCAUCAGUGUGAAAAAUUGUGUUUUCAUUGCAUAGGUAACAUAAUCUGCAGCUGAUGUUUAACAAAGAUUGAAUAAUUAUCUGGCUAGUUUUAUAGCGAGAACAAUGAAAGUUUCUUGUGAUUUCACUAUCUGGAAACAUUUGCGGGACAAGUUUCGUGAAAUUAUCACUGAGUUUCACAGAUAAAUUGUUUUCACAAACGAAGUUCGCCCAUACCAGUUCCGCAUCAAUUAUUUUGUUUGGUUUGGUUACAAAACUCGUCAAAGAACAACUCUGAUCAGCAGCUCGUUGGUUUUUCGCAUGAACGUACGUCUUCAAGCCGCCCUUUGUCACGUUCAGUUCCGAGUUGCAAGUCGAACAAACUGCGAUAAAUUCCGUUUUGCCACGCCUAAACCACUUCAAUUCUUGCUCCCAUUCUUUACGAUAACGCUGUUUAUAAAGUGGCCUGUCCGGCGAAGCCUUUCAUUUUUUCUCCAUCACAAUCAGCUAAGACCAAAACUACUACUUAAAUCACGUUUGAAGUUUGUAAACAAAUGCCGCACCUAAAACAUUGUAAUGGAAAAAAAUACCAAGGUUUACUGACGCCAUGACACUUCUUAGCGUUUAACUCAACAAACAAAAAACAUUUCCCCCGAAACCAUAGAUAUUGUACUUCAUGAAACGAUAUGUGGGAGUAUAUGUUUUUGGUUUGUGGUUAAACGAUUGGAAGUUCCAUGGCGCUACACCUAAUGUGAAUGUUUGCUUUACUGUUGGAUGCUUGUAUGGUUUGACAACUUCAAAUAGGUAGUUGAAUGUAAAUAUUUACACGAACGAAAUUCAAAUAUGAAAAUAUCGGCGAAGCGUCGUAAAUAUCUGUGAAUGUCGCCGUUUAUCCGUUAGUCCGUUUUAAGCUUCAAAUAUCCGUGAAAACGGAUAAAAUCCGUGAAAACGGCAGGUCUGCCAUAGUCCUUUUUGUAUGAGUCCGUUUGUGGGGGCCCUCCGUUUGUGGAGGCCCCGGGGCUUUCACCCCGAUUGCCCUUCCCUAAAUCCGACCCUGCACACACCCUUUUUCCUUUAUCACUCUCUGGCUGGUUUAUUUUUAUAUUUCCCCCUCUUGCCAAGCACCAGCAUUGUGGCACUCCUGUAGCCACCCUAGCCACCUAACAGGAGAGGUGAGUCGAGGGGAGAGGUGUGUGUGUAGCAGGGAGAGACUGUCGAAGAGAGACAGAUUUGUAGAGGAGUGAGAGGUGCGUCGAAGGAAGGGAGGAUUAUCGGAUAAGAAGGAUGAAUUGGGUAGAGAGAUGUUUGUCGAUGAGAGAGAGGUGUGUGAGGGGAGUAGUAUCGAGUGACGGCUAUACAUCGAUGUGAGAUGGGUGUGUCGAGGAGAGAUAGGGCUCAUUUCAUGAUAUUUGAUAUGCACUGCUGAGCUAUUUUAACUAAACAGUUCAUACUUACUCGUAACAUUUUAAUUUUAAAAAACACAGGUAAGUUAUUUACUCACAUAUUCGACAGCACAGUGCAUUGUUAUUUAUUUUUUACCCAAAAAUAAAAAUAAAAAUCAGCAUAAAAUGUGUGAACUAUACGUCUGUAAAUACGGGACAAGAUUGUAAGAUGAUUUGCGAUAAAACUGAAAUAACACUGAAAAGCAUUAAAAAACCCGGCAUAACACCAAAAUGCAAGUAAGAACCAUAUAGCACCAAAAUGCAAGUUAUACCAUGGAAUUAAGUAGAAUUUAACACAACUGAAUUUAAAAUAACGACAAAUGUAAUAUUUAAUUUUUAAAAUUCGAGGAAUGUAAUUUUAAGACAAAAAAAUUAUACCAAAGUGCAUGGAUUAGAAAAAUUAAUUUACUACUUUGUUUUAUUGUGUAUCUUCAUUUACUCACUUUUAAACCAUAAUUGCUUGCUUAUUUAUUUUUAUUGUUCUGUUUUAGACCAAUUUAUUACAAAUUAUUUUAUUGUUAAAAGGCAGCAUAUUAAUUUUACCACUAUUUUGGUGGCGUAAGUAUUACAAAACAGCUUUUAUAAAAAUAAAAACAAUAACAUUGAAUUCUUCUGUUUUAAAAAUGAAAUUGGGCUAGAUGUCAAACCAUUAAAUCUUGUCUCUACUGAUUAAAUAACACAUUUGUGUACACCUUGUUUCCAUUGCUCAUCCAUGGUCAUAAUCUCAAAUGCGGAAUAUGUUCACUUUAAAAAUAUUUUUUUUGUUAUUUUCACUAAAAAAAACUAAAAUGUAAGGAUGCUCAUUUGCGUUUUUGACCAGUAUUUUUAAAAAUAAUUUGAAAAGGUAUAUUGUAAUGUAUUACAUUUUUCCCGUCUUUGGGUAAUUGCAUCUACAUCAGUGGUAUGCUUUGCCUGUCAGACUAAACCCUGGCACUAUCUGCAAUCCCCAUGCCAUGGUACAUAGCAAGUAGCAGCUGACCUAAUCACUUUUCCCAUUGCAAGAUCUGGUGUUUCUGCUAGCUCUUUGUUCCAAGUCACGCAUUACUUGUGAUGCCACUGGAGUGUAAAAUAUAGUUCAUCUGAAAUCUUGGUGAGAGAGGAGUUCUCAGAAUACAUGUAAGGAACUUCUUAGAUUGGCCAGAAAUAAAUUCACUUUUUAGGUAGAAGGUAUGGAAGGAAAAAAUGAGUUCUGGGAUUCCAAGAGAUCAGUUAGGAUUUUUCUCCAGAAAAUAAAAAUAUUAAAAACACUUUCAAGACUAACCAUUUUUAUAAUGUUCAAUAUGCUUGACAGAAUUUUCAUUUUAUUUGAAAUUUCUCAAUAAAUACAUAUUCCUUUUCCUGCAAAUAUGAAUGCAACAUAGUUAGAAUGCUUGUAUUUUCGAACAUAUGUGUUAAAAAGAUUGAGUUUCAUCCUGAAAUAGAACUAGUAUGCAGUGCGAGCAUACGUAUGUAAGAUAAAGGAAAAUUGCUGCCCAUAUAGUGUACAAGUGACAACUGACUGUGCUCGUCUCACGUAUGAGAGUCGUCAAGAAAGUGUUGAGUCUUGAAACCAUUGCACCGCACAGCAGCUGAAUGUUUUCUGUUCCUAGCGAUUCAUCGAUUGCCAUGGACUUCUUGGUGUAAAUACCAGCUAAUUUGUACAUUAGCUCUGAAAACUUUUAUAGUUUUUUUGUUACUUAUCACGGUUUAUUAGUCCCGUGUCAAUGCUAGUUUUAAAACUGACGACCUUAGUGCAUAGUCUGUAAAAUAUUUUUGCGUUGAAGUGGUAGAGAUGGGAUGUCAAAAACCAGCGUUAGUAUGUCUCUCAAUACGUAUGAUCAUUUCUCGCCAUCAUCAAAAUAUGUGUUGAACUGUUUGAAUAGCAAUAAUACUAAUUGCAUUUUCAUUUCUUUUUUUUAUUUACACUUUUUAUCUUUUUUUUGUUUUGUACUUUCAUCUCAUGCAUACUCAAAUUGGAAAAAUAUAUAUAAUUUUUUUUAUUUACUUAUGUUUUCUGCUUUAUAAUCUAGUAACAACCUAAAGUGUACAAGUAUGCUAGGGUUUUUUUUUUUUUUUUUUUUUUUUUUAAUAAUUGGUAACUAACUUGACUUAUUUUUAAUGGAUUCCUAAUUUUAAUAUCACUAUCCCAUCUCUAAUUAAAUGUAAAUAGUUACAUAGUCAGGUAGUUAUUUGGGUUUAUUUGCAAUUGUUAUUUGUAUUUUCACUGUCAAAUCCAAUACAUAAAAUAUGUUUUGCAGUGAUUAUUGAAAUUUAUGAUCAUGUGUGACAUCAGAUUUAAUUUUAACUUGCUUGGUAAGUGAUUUUCACAUGAAGUUUCUGACUGGUUCUGCUGCUAAUUUUUAUAAAAUAAUAUAUCUAUUUAUGUAUAAAAUCAUUAAUUUGAAACCAAUAUCUAUUUGUGUAUUUCAUAAUGUAUUCUUUUUGUUAAUGAUUAACAUUAUUUGUCCAUGGUGGUUCAGUAUGUGUGUUUUGAAAUUUGUAUUUUUAUACUGUGAAAUCUCAUUGCAAAGUUCCGUAGCUUUAGAAGUGAGAAAUAUAUAAUUUAAGAUUUUGAUUUGAGGGUUUUUUUCAAGUAAGUUGUAAUAAUUAUAUUUCACUGUAUUAUUUGUAUUUGAUGUUAAGAACUUUUAAGUUGUAAAGUGUAAACAAUUUUCUUUGGAUUGUGUUGUUAGUCACCUCCAAAAAAGAUGGUUAAUUUAAAAGAGAAAUUUAUUUUUGUAAAACUAGACUGUGGUUUUUAUGUCUGUCUGAAUGGAGAAUGUUCUGGUGAAUUUGGAGCCAUAAGUAUCUUGUCUGUGUUCAGUGAGUUGCACAUGCUGUAUUUCUAGACAUUGUUAUUGUAGAAUCGUGUACUUGUUUAUUGUAUAAGCAGUUUACUCUUGUUAAAAGUGUUGCUAUUGUUUUUGCACUGCUGUAGAAGUUUGCAGUUUUGUGCUCGCGUUAAAACUAGAAUAAACAUCGGAAUAUUUUGUUAUGGCUGUUCGUUCAAGUUCCAUGUUCAUAUUUUUCAUUAUUUUUAGUGUAGCCAAUACCAACAUUACAAAUGUGUUUUGCUUUGUUCAGCCACAUCACAACUAGCGUGUUGUGCAUUGGAAUAAAAUCAUGCCUUAAGAUGCCUGCAAGA